AUGAAGAGGUCCGCCGCGCUCCAGAUUUUGGGCGUCUCGGAUGAUCUGGAUGCCAACGCCCUGCGCCAGGCGUACAGGAAACUCGCGCUGAAGCAUCACCCCGACAAAAACCCGGGAGAUCCCGACGCCGAGCAGAAGUUCAAGGAGGUGGUCAGCGCGUACGAGUGCCUGACGCGCGAGGACGACGAGGAUGCGGUGGCGGACAUCUUCGAAUCCGCAGACGACAUGAGGGAUUUCGCCGCGUCCUUCUUCGAAUCGUUCUUCUUCGGAGGCGGGUUCAGGGGCGGACAAACCUUUACGUUCGCGGAGGGCCGGUUCCCACGGCCGGACAAUCGACGCGACGCCAACGGGGGCAAGAAGGGUGGAGGAUCUAAGCGGGACGACGACGACGAGUCCGACGAGUACAGCGACGACGACGACUACGACGACGACUACUACGACGACGACUACAGCGACGACGACUACGCGGAUCUCCACGACUUCUUCAGCCAACCGCCGCCGGGGUGGCAGCCGCCGCCGGGGUUCAAGCCACCGGGACGGGGCGGCGGCGGGAGGGGCGGAUGGUUUGGCGAGAAACCGCCACGUCGAUCGUCCCGAGGCGAAGGGUCCGGAAGCGUCGACGACGACGAGCUCUUCGAGAGGCUCGAGCGGAUGCGCAAGGAGGCUGCGAGGUACGCCGCGGAGCUCGCGAGGAAGGAUGACGAGGCGCGCAGGGCGAAGCAGCCGCUGGAGAAGCUCCAGCGACCCACGCUGGUGUCGAGGACGGACACGAGCAUAACGCUGAACCUCCACCGCAGCAAGAACACCAACCAGACCUUACCCAAGGACCGGUGCUGGGAGCUGUCGCUGACGAAGGAGCGCGAGCGCGACUACUCGGUGUUCACCUCGGUCAAGGGCAAGACGGUGGUGACGGUGUCGGACCUGAUCCCGGGCACCCGGUACUGCUUCAAGGCGCGAGUGGGGCGGGUGGAGCCCGACGGCGACGUCUCCGAGUGGGGACCCUACUCCGUCGAGUCGGCGUACGCCACCUCGGGCAAGGCCCCGCCCGAACAUCACGGCAGGGCGUCGCACGGCGCCAAGGCGGACGCGGACAAGGGCGCCGCCGCGGAAAAUGGCGACGUCGCCGAGGCUAUCCACGGGACGAUGAGCAAAAAGGCCAAGAAACGCGCGGCGAAGGAGAGAGCCGCCGCGGAGGAAGCCGAGGCGGCCGCUAAGGGCGCGUCCGCCGCGCAGCAGGCCGCCGCGGAGACCAGCGCCGCCGCGGACAGGCAGGCUGCGCUGCGCAGAGCCGCGGAGGCUGCGGCGGAACGGGAGAUGGCCGAGAUGGAGGAGAUUCGACGAAAGAUGGAGUCGAAAAAGGCCAAGGACAAAACCGCCGACGCCGCGAGUUCGCAGGCGCAGGAACUCGCGGGCCACCAACCGGCGGGCAACACCGAGGGCCUGUCCAAAAAGGCUUUGCAGCGCAAGAAAAAGAAGGAGAAGCUCGCGGCUGAGACGGCGCAGCGUUUGGAGCGCGAAGCCGCCUCCGCCCCCGCCGUCACCGACGAGGAAUUAGCCAGGCGACUGCAGGCGGAGGAGGGCGGCUACAAGUACCAGCCGGGUACGUUCGAGAGCGACGAGGCGCUGGCGAGGAGGCUGCAGGCGGAGGAGGACAAGUACAAGACGCACGCCCCUCCCUCGCACCAUCAUCACCACCACCACCACCAGCAGCAGCACCACCAGCCCGAGCAUCAGCAGAACCCGGCAAACACGCAGGGUCGGCAGCAGCAGAUCGCCGCCGCGCAUCAAUACGCGGCGCAGCGACAGCAGCAGCAGCAGUCGGCGUUCGCCGCCGCGCCCAACGCCGCCGCGGUGCCCCCGCUUCCUCGGGGCGCCCCGCCCCCGCCGCCGCCGCAUCCGCCUCCUCCACCCCCGGGGGGACCGCCGCCGCCCGCGAACAGGGUCCCGACGCCCAAGGCGCCCGGCGCCCCGCCGCUGCCCCCGGGUCCCCGCCCCGGGACGAACUCGAGGGGAGCGGCGCCGCCGCCGCCGAUGCCGCCGCCCGGCGCGCCCCCGGGUGGGAUGCGACAAAACCCGUACGCGGCCGCCGCGCAAAACCCUUACGAGUUUGCCGCCACCGCCGCCGGCGCUUACUCCUCUGGCGACUCACGCGCUGACAGCUGGCAGCAGGAGCGGCAGCCGGACGACGGCGGCAACCCCUACUACUCCGGCAACUCUCACACCUGGCAGCAGCAUCAGCAGCAGCAUCAGCAGCAGCAUCAUCGCGACGAGCGUUGGCGAACCCCCGACCCGUGGGCCGCGAUCAACGGCGGCGGCUUUGAGCUCCCCUCUGACGACGAUUUCGUCGGCGCCGUCCGCGACCACGCCGACGAGCGCCCGACGCAGCGCAUCCAGCGCGGCGGCUCCAACAACGGUUCCUCGCACUCGGGGUACCCCGUCGGCUCACCCGGCGGGUCCGCGUACGGGUCCGCGCCCCGCGAGGGCGGCGCGUGGUCCAACGGCGUCGGCGGCGCGUGGUCCAACGACGAAACAGAAACGGGGUGGACGGAUUCCGCGCACGGAUACGGGGCGGACUCCAUGACAGACUCCAGGACGAACUCCAGGAUUGAAUCGGCGGCGCACGGCUACUCGCAGCAGCAGCUCCAGCAGCACCAGCAGCAUCAUCAGCAUCAUCAGCAUCAGUACUCCUAUGCGCCCGGUUCUUCCCCGCCGGUUGGGUCCCACGGGACCUCCCUCGCGGGGAUGGAUUCGUACGGCGGCAUCUUCGGCACGUCCCCGGGAUCUGCGCACGGUUCCUACGGCGGCGGCGGCGGGAUGUGGUCCACACUCGAGCCGUCCAAGCCUCCGGCGGUGGGCGGGGCGUCGCAGCACGCCGCCGCCGCCGCGCACCCGCCCGUCGUCAAAAGAGGCGGGCUCGGCGGGGUGAGCCUGGAGGGGGACAUGGACGGCUUGAACCUCGGCGGCGGGCUCUUCCCCCCCGGGGGUUCGACGUUUUCGUUUCUCGAGGACAACGGCGGGAGCUGA